AUGCCUCUGGUGACCCCAUCCCAUGGUGACCCCAUGCCCCUGGUGACCCCCGCUACUCCUCCAGAGGGUGACGGGAACGGUGUCCUCUCCCCGGACAUGGCCACCGAUGGCCACGAGGGCCUCAUCCAGCCCAGGAAGGUGCCAAACCCAAUGCGGGAGUCCCGGACCCACCGGGAGAUGCACCGGGAGCUGCUCUUCAGCCACAGCAGGGGGCUCCUCCCCCGGCACAGGGCCGAGCUCCCGCAGGUGCUGGAGAGCCGGCGGCUGAGGCAGCUGAGGGAGGAGCUGCAGGGACCCCCCUCCGACCUGGAGCAGCAGCUGAGGAAACGCCACCAGAGGCUUGAGGAGCACGAGCGGGAGGCGGCAGCGGGGCCGGACGCAGCCCCUCGCCCCGAGUUCCUGCUGGUUCGGGACAGCCUGAGGAAGAUGAAGCUGGCGGAGCCGGGCGCCCGACAGACCUGA